AUGGAGGAAGAAAUCCCGCCGACGAAGAAGCGCAGACUAGACGAUGGCACUCCUCGGUCCACAGACGGCAGUUCGUCGGACGAGCUUGAGGGAGACGCGGAUACUGGCCGCCGCAGAGGUAGCUGGAGCAGAGAUCCACGACCACAAUCGCCGACCUACCGUUCUCCAAGGGUGAAUAAACGAUCGUCAAGGUCGCGGAGUGUGUCCGGUAGCGGCGGUGAAUUCGCUGGGGAUGUAAAGGCGUCCUGGCGAUCUCGGUCAGGCUCUCGUGCACGCUCACAUUCACGGUCUCCUUCUCGAUCCCCAUGUUCAAGGUCAAUAUCACGAUCUCAGACUCGUUCUCACGGUACAAGGAGCAGGUCGACGUCUACAGCGAAGGAGAGGAGAGUAGAAGGAUCUGGCCGGGAAUCGGUGGAUGGCCGGGAGUACAGCGGGAUUGACUUAGAGGAUGAAGGGCAGACAGCUCGGAGACGAGAGAAGACUCCCAAGCCAACCACGCCUCCACCGCUGCUUCAGCCGGAAUGCCUUCAUUAUAAGGAGAAAUUUGUGCUAAAGGGUCAUCAGCGGGGUGUUUCUGCGGUGAAGUUCUCCCCUGAUGGGACAAUGGUAGCAAGUUGCUCUGCCGAUGCGACGAUAAAGAUAUGGAACACAGCUACAGGGAGUUUGAUUCACACUUUUGAGGGUCAUCUGGCAGGGAUAUCUACUAUAUCUUGGAGCCCGGACGGGGAGACAAUUGCAUCAGGGUCGGACGACAAGUCAAUACGGCUCUGGGAUGUGAUAACGGGGAAACCGUAUCCGAAUCCGUUUGUCGGUCAUCACAACUACGUCUACUCGAUUGCCUUUUCCCCCAAGGGGAACAUGAUGGUCAGCGGCUCAUACGACGAAGCAGUCUUCAUAUGGGACGUACGGUCUGCCCGAAUCAUGCGUUCUCUACCCGCACACUCAGAUCCUGUUGCGGGCGUUGACUUUGUCCGUGACGGCACGCUCAUAGCCUCCUGUGCCAGUGACGGCCUUAUUCGGAUAUGGGAUUCAGCAACCGGACAGUGUCUGCGCACGCUCGUCCACGAAGACAACCCGCCAGUUGCAUCGGUGAAGUUUUCGCCGAACGGAAAAUUCAUCUUAGCCUGGUCGUUGGAUGGAUGCGUUCGGUUAUGGGACUAUGUGGAAGGACGGUGUAUAAAAACGUACCAAGGCCACACCAAUGAAAAAUACAGCAUUGCAGGCACAUUUGGACAGUAUGGGCAUCGGCGGCCCUCUAUUUCUUCUCUAAAAAGGCCAAGAGAGCAGCAGAUGAAUAUCGAAAAGGAGUAUGCUUAUGCAGCGAGCGGGAGUGAGGACGGCAGGAUACUGUGCUGGGAUGUGAUAAGCAAGAAGACCUUGCUGGACCUGGCAGGCCAUUCUGACGUUGUUCUUGGGGUAGAUGCUUUCUCGCCGUCCACAAUGGAUCAGAAGAGACUUAUGGCUAGCUGCGGCUUGGAUCAGACUGUGAGGAUAUGGGAAGAGGAGGAGGAGGAGGAUGAUACAGGUGAACCGAGAGGGGAAGAGAAGGCAUCUGAUGCCCAACGGGACAAUGACACACCUGUGGAAAAACCAGGCGAUGAAGACGCAACUAUGAAUGCCGUUGGAGAUCUUGAGGUCAAGGCAGAGAAUGUAGGCUCGGAUAUGGAAGACCAGACUCCUGUGACGGACAAGGCCAGCAAUAGCAUGGACAGUGACGGCGAUUUGGUUAUGGGAUAA